UGAUAAAUGAACUCGUAGAGAUAAUAUUGCGUGAGCAGCAACAUGAUUUUCAACCACAUCUUCCCGUAAACUUGGUUGCAAUCGAGGAUCGUGUGGUUGAGGUUAUGGCAAUGGUGGAUAUUGCUUGCCCAGACACUCGAAUUAUUGGGAUUUGGGGGAUGGGCGGCAUCGGUAAAACAACUCUGGCUACGAUCAUCUAUAAAAGGCUUUUUGACAAAUUUAAGUGCCGGAGCUUUCUCAAGGAUAUUAGAGAAACAAUUAAUCGCGAGGGUGUCAAGUGUGUCCAAUCUCUACUGCUCUCAGAUAUAAGGAAAGGUCCUAAAAGUAAAGUGCAUGAUCCCAAGAUGGGGACUAAUAUGAUCCGAUUAAGUUGUGAAAAAAAGAAGGUUCUUAUUCUUCUUGAUGAUGUGGAUCAUCCAAACCACCUCGAUAAUUUGAUUGGAGGUUGUAAAUUCUCAUUAGGAAGUAGGAUCAUUUUCACAUCUCGACAUAAGGCCAUUAAUUGUCAAGAUAAGGCCCUGUUGGAUUCUACAUAUUGGUAUGAACUCCAAAAAAUGAAUAUUGAAAACUCUUUGCUUCUGUUUAGCAUACAUGCCUUUGAAAAGAAACCACCUCCAAAACAACUAGUGACUCUUUCUCGUGAUAUUGUUGCCAUCAUAGGAGGGCUUCCCUUAGCUCUCACGGUUAUAGGUUCAUGCCUCAAAGGAGAAGAAGAUCAAAGAAUAUGGGGAGAGAUGCUAGAGAAAUUGAGGGACGUGCCUGAUGAGAAGGUACAACAACAAUUGAGGAUAAGCUAUGAUUUAUUAGAAGGUGAUGUUAAAAAAAUGUUUCUAGACAUAGCAUGUUUUUUUAUCGGAAUUGACAAAAGAAUUGCCCCCUACCUAUGGGAUCACAAAUUAUGUCCAAGAACCGGAUUGAAAAAGUUGAUUGACCGCUUGUUAAUAUAUGUUGAUGAUGAAGAUGAAUUGGGAAUGCAUGAUGAAUUAAGAAAUUUAGGUAGAGCUAUCGCCCGUCCAAUAGAUAAGAAGCCUUGGGAUUGUAGCAGACUAUGGAAGGAGGAAGACAUGAUAGUUCUAAGACGCAAGGAGGAAAAUGAAAAUAUUGAGGCACUACAUCUAGACCAAAGGGGCUCCAGAGAGUUCAUGGGGCAGAAAAGCUUCAGAAAAAUGCCUAACUUGAAGUUCCUUCAUGUGAAGGAUGUGGAUUUUGAUGGAGAUUUCGAAGGAUCACUCGCUGAAUUAAGAUGGUUAAAGUGGGAGGGAUGUCAUGACUAUUUUGAGGCUACUAACUUUCAUUUGGAGAAAUUAGUCAUACUUGAUUUAUCAGCUAAUUAUGUUGGAGGAAACAGUAUUAGUGAAAAUUGGAGAGGAUGGAGUUCGAUUAAGGUAAAGAUGAAAAAGGCUUUUUCUUUUGUUACAUUUGAUGAUAAAUCAUUAUAUUUCUAACCGCUAAUCUUGGAACAUGUUUCUUUC